CCUGCUACAGGGCUUAGCACUGCAGGGCUCUGCGCGGGAACGCUAACCUGGUCCGGAGGAAGCCUGUGUCUCAGCCCCACGGACAGCCUUUCACUAGUCUUCAAGCCUUCAGGCUAUCUUCUAGUCAAGAUGAGUGAUAAGCCAGACUUGUCGGAAGUGGAGAAGUUUGACAGGUCAAAACUGAAGAAAACUAAUACUGAAGAAAAAAAUACUCUUCCCUCAAAGGAAACUAUCCAGCAGGAGAAAGAGUGUGUUCAAACAUCGUAAAAUGGGAUCGCCUCCCAACAGCAGAUUUCAGCAUUACCUGAGAGUCUUGGUUUUAGACUUGUUUUUUGUAAACCCAUGUGUUUGUAGAGAUUUUAGGCAUCUUCUGAUGUCUUCUCACCUUUGUUCCCUGGCUAAGAAGUCAGAGGUAGCCAGUGUUUCCUUAAAUUCAUUUUUAAACUUACCAUUGGUGCAUAUGUUCUGGAUGGCAGAUGCUGUCAAUAAUCUCACCAUCGAUGUCCUUUGUGUAUGUAGUUCUUGCAUCCUAUACUGCAUAAGCGUGUUUUAAACUGCUAUGAUGGGUGCUUCCAUUGCUUCAUAAUCUCCAUGAAGUUGCGUGUUUUUGCAGCUUUUCACAGUUUAUUUGCAUUUCUAAUGUAGUAAUAAAGUAACCAAUAUAAUCAUUA